AUGAGUGGGGCAGCAACAACAGAGUUGGACGGGUGCGUAGUGCAUCCAGAUUUGGAGUACGAGAGGAAAAGAUGUUCAUUCAGAAUUCCGGAUUUCACUUACGCACUGUAUGGUCGAGAGAAUUUUGCAGUCCUAACGAAGCUCCGUUCGGCUCUUGCCCGGAAUCCAGCCUUUGACUUGAGAUACUUGUGGUCGGCAGACGGAACCACACAACAGUAUGUCCGGGGCUGCUGGCUAGCGGAGGAAGUUGUGAAAGUCAUUCGCCAGCUGAAGUUGAUUGACCGUGAUGACGCUAUUGGUCCUCUUCAGGUCCUGGCUGGCGAAGAUAUGUUUAUUAUGCUUCACCUAACCAUGUUCCUCCCAACGCUAAAGAACAUGUGUGAUGAAGAGCAGGUCCGUGACUUAAAUACUCACGAAAGUCUCCCUGGGGUUACGUUGUUUCACAUUGGCAAAAAGCUUGGCUACAACAGCAUGGACAAUGGCGGUGUUCAGCUGUGCAACGUACGAAUACCACGCAGAAACCUGCUGAUGAAGUAUUGCCAUGUGGAUAGACACGGAAAAUAUCAACCGUUGGGGAGUAAAAAGCUCAUGUACGGCACCAUGACGUUCACACGGAAACAAAUCAUCAUGGCUGCUGGACCGCAGCUUGCCAAGAGCGUCGUGAUAGCCAUUCGGUAUAGUGCCGUUCGGCGGCAGUUUCCGAUGACUUUGAAGAAGCCCGAAAGCAUGGACAACAGUCGGGAAGCAGAAGUUCAAGUUUUGGAUUACAGCACUCAACAGAUCACCCUGUUUCCACUCCUCGCGGCAGCUGUUGCGUACACUGUCACGGGGAUAUGGAUGGAUUCAUUCUACAACGCCUUUAUCGAGGACUCUAAGAAGGGCGAUUUGUCGAAACUUGAGGAAAUACAUGCAGUGACGAGUUGCCUCAAAGCGAUGAUGUCUCUGACCGUAGCAGACGGAAUGGAAAAGUGCAGAAAGGCCUGCGGAGUCCAGACAGCGCGCGUGCUCUUGAAAAUUGUCCAAAGGAGAAUGACUAACAAAGCCCCCAAACACUCGCUUAUUGGCACCACCCUCGAAUAUAUUCAUACUUUCGACCCCUUUGGAGAUCAUCAGCCUCCCGCUCCUGAAAACACCCCUUGGUUCGAUCUCGACUGGCUUUUGGAGAUUUUCAAGAGAAGAUCGUGUGGGUUGGUCUACAAGGCAGCGCAACAGUUUGCGGCGGAGACGAGCAAUGGAAAAGGCAUGAUGGAAGCCCUAGAUAUGGUCAAGGUUGAGUUCACUCGUCUGGGUACGGCGCAUGCUGAAGUUCUUGUUUUGCAAUUCUUUCUUGAAGCGGUGAAGCGUGUUGAGCGUGAUGAGGUGCGGGAAGUCUGGGUCGAUUUGUGGCUGUGCCUCGCCCACUCGUGGUGCGAUGAGCAUUUUGGGGAGUUUGUGAUUACAAGAGCUCUUGGCCCUGAUCACCACGACGGCCUGAUGGUUGCCUUCAAAUCUGUUCUGAGAAAAAUCCGCCCGAAUGCCGUUGCCAUUGCUGACGCCUUUUGGAUCCCAGACCAGUUGUUGAACUCUGCGUUAGGCAGGUACGACGGCCGAGUGUACGAAGCCUUGUUGAACUCGACGAAAAUGGAGCCUUUAAAUCGAAUGGAUGUCCCUCCAGGGUACCUUGAGCAUAUUCAAUACAUUCUGCAUCCGGAGCGAAGAAAAAACACGACUACGACUCCCUGCAAGCUCUAG